AUGAAGUCAGAAAUACCCCCAAUAAAGAAUACAAACUACAAUUGCAAAAUACCUAGAAGCACUUUCUUUGUCGUUUGUGUGUUCUCAUUGCUUAUCUAUUCCUUAUCAACAAUCUACCGGUCAAGCGGUUUGGUGUUGCCCCCAUUAUCGUUUAUAGAUCAGAUCCCAGAAAACUUAUCCAGAUCAGAUCCAUAUUUGACUUUACAUGUUGACAUCAGUGAUGACCCAUUAUCAGAUAAAAUAGGACAACCAGAAUUAAAUCCAUCACCUAAACAUUUACACGUAGGUAGCAAGGCAAUGGUCGCAAGUGAUGUCCCCUUGUGCUCUACCAUGGGCAAAGAAAUAUUGCUUCGAGGUGGGAAUGCUGCUGAUGCCGCUGUUACUGUUGCUUUAUGUAUUGGGUCGGUAAAUUCACAUAGCUCUGGGAUAGGUGGUGGAGGAUUUAUAGUAAGCAGAAAUAAUGGUGAUGCAAUUAGUAUUGAUGCUCGUGAAAUGGCCCCAGGAUCGGCAUAUAAAGAAAUGUACGGAAACCUGCUCGUGUUGUCUAAAAUUGGAGGGUUGAGUAUUGCAAUUCCGGGAGAGUUAAAAGGUUUAUAUGAGUUAUUUAAGUUGCAUGGAUCCGGGAACUUGAGUUGGAAGCAGUUAUUUGAACCAGUAAUAAAAUUAAACAGAAACGGAUUCAAAUGUCUGAAAAUAUUUGAAACUGUUUUGGCCAAAGAGUACGAUUUGGUGUUACUGAGAGUACCCGUAUUGAAGGAUUCAUGGGACUUUAUAUUCAAACCUAAUGGAGAAUUGCUUCAGGAAGGAGAUGUGAUAACAAGACCAAAUUAUGCAAACACAUUAGAAUUAAUUGCCAAUAAUGGCAGUAGCAGUAUUUUCUAUGAUCCCAACGGUCCAAUAGUUCAGUCUUUAGUUUCCACUAUACAAAAAUGGGGAGGAAUUGCCACUGUACAGGAUUUUUCUAAUUAUGAGGUAAACUUGGAAAAGCCACUAAUUUCUACCAUCAAUAAUUAUACUUUCUAUACCAGCAAUGGCAUAUCAUCGGGAUUAGGAUUGUUAGCAGGCUUGAAUUUUUUUGAUCGAGUUUUCAACGAAUCGGAUGAUGAUACCCUUUUCACCCAUAAGUUAGUCGAGAGCUUCAAGUGGCUCAGUUCCAUUCGUACCAGGUUUGGAGACAUUGACAACAGACAAGAUUUAAUAGACAAGUACACCAACUCCACUUGGAUAGAUGACGUUUUAGACGAAAAAAAGUACUCUGACGAAAAAACUUUCCAUUGGAAACAUUAUGAUCCUAAAUAUGACAUUGCAGAACCACAAGGAACAUCACAUUUUUCGGUUGUAGAUGAAAAUGACAAUUCAGUGGCAAUGACUACUACUGUGAACUUGUUAUUCGGAUCAAUGAUUUAUGACAGUAAAACUGGGAUCAUCUUGAAUGAUGAAAUGGAUGACUUUGCUUUACCAAAUGUUAGCAAUGCCUUUAAUUUAACUCCUUCUAUUUUCAAUUUUAUUCACCCAGGGAAACGACCAUUGAGUUCUACUGCACCAACAAUAAUCAUAAACGACGCCACUAACUCAACAGAUUUUGUUAUUGGAGCCGCAGGAGGCAGUAGAAUUACCAGUGCCAUAUUACAAGCGAUUGUCAGGACAUAUUACCGCAAAUACGAUUUAUUAUCGACAAUAGCAUUUCCUCGUUUGCACCAUCAAUUGAUCCCUGAAAGCGUCAUGAGUGAAAAUCUCACCGUAUGGGACCAAGAACACACUGGAAUAGCCAGUUCAAUGAAAAAGUUGGGCCACACAUUUUUGGAAACGGGAUCCUUAACAGCAAUGAAUGGGAUCAAAAGGGUUAAAGGUGGUAAAUUACAUGGUGUAUCCGAUUGGUGGAGAAAAAGGGGGGAACUGGAUGGUUAUUAA